AUGUCACCACUGAUGGCCUCACCAUUAAUUACCCACAUUAUACUGACCGUCGGCUUAUAUUCAGUGAUCUCUGUUUCAUCUGAAUUGACAUCGGAUUCCAAAUCAUACACAGAGACAGAACUGGACUCUGAAUUGUUAUGCAAAGGCGAGUGGAAGUUCCCAAACAAAUGCAAUACAUAUAACUGUGAUUACAAAGCGAGCUGGGAGUACAUCGAUGACAACGAUGAGAUCAUGUUCACCAUCAGCACCAAGAAUAGGAACAAAUGGACGGGAAUUGGUUUCUCCGAGAAUCAGGCGAUGCCGGAGACGGACGCCAUUCUAGGCUUAGUUGAAGAGAGGUUUGAGACUUAA